UGAUCUUUCAUAUAUUGCCCUGCUCCAUCCCGCACCCACUCAAGACUAACCACAGUGCUCGCUCAGUCCACAUUCAGGGGCAAUUGAAAAGUAACAAUGCAGAGCCCUAGGGGAAACAAGGCCCCGGCGUCUUUUAAGCAGACUCUCCAAGGCUCAUCAGCAAAUGGUCGACCCGCGCAAAUGAACAAAACAGCAGUCUUUGACAAUGAAGCUCUAAAAUUCAUCAUAGAAAAGAUUAAAGUGCAAGGAGAAAUGCUGAUUGAACGGUCAACAAACACAGAGGGGAAAGAAGAAGAGAAAAUCAUAUGGAAAUACCCAGACGGCAAAGUGGCUGAAUUAGACGAAUUGCACGAAAAGCAUGCUGUUGUUUUCAACUUUGCAAGGAAUGGGGCAGAGUUGGCGCCAGCAGAGAAAAGGAAAUGGAUCACAGCCACAAUUAAAAAAGAAGAUAAAUUGAGAGCAGUAAACGAGUCCUUCACCUUGAUGAACCUGGGUCGCACCUUAGUCAUGGUGAUCUUCAUUUCGGAAGACCAUGCGCGGAUCGCAGCUGAGAUGAGAUCCAGGAACUGCAACGGAUCAAUUUGUACAAUCACACCGUGGAAAAAACAGACAAACGCAAGACCGAGCCCGUCCUUCUCAGUAUCAUACAAGCAGACACUGAUGAAAGAGAAGUUCUGGGUCCAGUUCGACAGAAUCCCGCCCGGUAACCACGGGUUGGUAGUCGACAGACUGGAGAGACAGUACCCGACAAACAAAAUCCUGAAAUGGAUUUUGCCAAUGCCGGAGUUCCUGUCCCCCCACAUCGGAAUGAUGACARCCAUCCUUGAGGUGAAAACUGAAGACCCACCGGUUUUCCCCACAGAAUGGUCACUCSUGAUCAACGACAGAGCCGUUGACAUCACARUAUCGACMAAGACAUCUCCCAUUUGUUUCAGAUGCAGAGAAAGAGGWCACACCGGGUCGGACCCUGCAUGCCCCAAAUUUCCGAAAYAGCAGAGAGAAAGGAAACUCCACCCCAACAUGCUGGUUGAGGUAGAAGACGCCCCRGGGACCUGGUACAUUGUGGAUCCAUCCUACGACGGCUGGGUCUUCGAUGACAACUUGGAGGACCCGGAAUGGAUCUGGCAUUUUACAGACAAAGAACYAGUAACAAAGAAGCCAGACAUCUUCCCUCCUGCAGACAGCAGGUGGCAGAAGAAAGCAACAGGGAAGGAGACGGAGAACCCAACAAAAAUCAAGUCAAUUCCCCUCAAUGACUCCAGGGUAAUCAGGGAAGAAAAAGCAAGGGAAAACUUGCUGUGGGAUCUGGACUCAGUCCGGGAACAGAUGGAGGAGGAAUAUGAAAAACAACCAGAGAAAAUUCAAGAGAGAAUCGCCAAAUUCAUCAACAGCAAAGAGGAAGAGGCAAAACAAGUCGCCAACAAAGAGGCAAAACAACCACAGACAGACGGCAAAAGAUCCAUGGAGAAGGAACAAGGGUUCAAAGAAGGAGGAGAACCAGAUUCAAAGAAACGGAGGGGACUGGCAAAGGACAACAGCGACAAUCAACCGCUGACCCCCGAAGGGGGGGAACCGCCAAGCCCAGUAACAGAGCGGGAGCAGGGGGACAGCAGCAGUGCUGCCGAUACCACUGCAUCCUCAAGCGAGGAGGASGAGGAAGAAAAGAGAUCCCUCCAAUGGUUGAGAGACUACAUCAGCAAAGCCAAAGCUGUUCGAGAACACCUCUUUGACAUCCGGACGGCCUGUAUGAAGCAUAUGGAAAGGACGCAGAAUCUGAAAAAGGGGACAGCAGCAGGUUUUAAGACAGCACCUAACCAAUAUGAUCUGCUGGUAAAGGAAGAGGAAUUCUCUGAGUAUGCAGCCUUUCGUUACGCAGGCAAAAAAAGGGCAAGGGAACAGGGAAUUAAGGACAAGGAUAUGACGCAGGUGGGAUCAAAGGAUGCUCUCCAGGACUUGAGAUCCAAAAAGUGGAAGACUUCCWUGAACUMAAAAAAAAAGGGAUUCUCCACAGGCCAGACUGGAUCAGAACAGGCAGAAAAAUCAGCWAGGUCGGAGUUGGAACAGGAAAUUGCAGUUGUGGAAGCACAGGCGKAAAAACUGAAAAAGCUCAACAAGGAYUACGAACCGGAGUUUUUUUCUCUCAGACACAURGCGGAAGGCAAGGCUCCCGAGGUGAUAGGACAGGCACAGUCAGCAAAGCUGACCCUGAUGGGAACCCGCCCUCUCCUGGCUGCACGUUAUGUAAAAGAGAAGAAAGAAUGGCAGGUUGCCACGGACGUGUCCUUCACAAUCCCUAGGAUUGACGAAGGACAAAAUGUGGCAACCAUUCUUCAUGAGAAAAUCACAACAGCGUAUCCUCUGGCCGUUUUUGAGAUGGAAUCUCCUUUGGGGCAGCUUGACAACGGAAUGCAAGAAACACUACAGGCAGGACACGAAGCCAUUGACAGCCGGACUAACCCCGAAGAAUCGCAAACGGAUCAAACAGAUCCCAGGUCUCCCCGAUCUUUCACUCCCCUCAUUGCAAAGAUGCCUGAGGGGGCAAAGCUGAGAGGAGGGAUGAAAUGGCGCCCAUGGAACCCAUACAGCGUGCUGUCUGGGUUAGGCAUCCCUGCUGAACUGCAAGCCGCCUCCCUGGCAGACUUGAUCAGCAAGGGAAUCUUUGCAGGGGAUGACGAUCUAGACUCCAGAGCAUGUGCAAUAGACAUGGAAAGAUACUAUAGGGAUGAGUUAUCGGAAGAUGAAAUGGAAGAUGAGGCAAAGGAAUGGGUUAUGGAGAGAGAUGAGUCAGAUUUGAAGACAUCUUCGGGCAAAGGGAUCAGCGAUAGUGUGGGGGAGUAUAAAAUGGAUGAAUCUGUCCAAGUGGAUGCAUCAGAGGAUUGUGUGACAGUUUGCCUUGCUGCAAGGUUUCUUCCUAUUUGGUGGAAUCUAGAUCGGACGUUGGAUUUGCUUAAAUUUGGACUAGGCCUGGAGCAGGUGUUAAAGUGGAGGUGGUCAAAACACUCACCAAAGGAGCCACCAGUUAUGAAGCAACAUCCAUCUACUUCCGUUGGCAUUCAUGCGCAAAGGCGUUCUUGGUAUGCAGCAAACACAGAAACUUCAACUCAUGUCAGUCUGGCAUCACCUCACACACCCAUGGUGAAGGAGGAAAGCCCCCAGAUGUUGAGGGAACUCCUGAGUGUGCAAAGUGAAAACGUCCCAGAGGUGGGAAACGUCUCAGAGAAGAUCAGGAGAUAUGUGCGGGUGGAGGAAGAGAGACAGCGAAGGUCCUUGGUUGAAGAUAGUAAGUUGCAGACAGGGAUGGGAAGAGGGGACGGACUUGUCGCAUCCAGCAAGAGUGCCAGCCAAUCAGCUGUAUUGCUACCGUCACGGAUGAGGAAGUCAAGGCCAGCUCCACUGCAGCUGCCACAACAUAUCGCGUCUGGGCUUAUAUCGCCUUUCAAGGCGUCACCUGGAACAACUCCUCAUAGACGAGAUGCCAUCCCAGGCCGGGAGAAGGAUUCCCACAAUCGACGAGGCAUGGAUGCUGGAAAGGCGGCUACAAUUUCAAACACAUGGCAGGCAAUUGCACAUAACCACCCUUCUGUUGCAUGGAAAAGUCUGCAUUCAGAAAUAAGUGUGGAUAGCAGCAGGCCAGCUGGACUAGAAGUGGAAACCGAAGGAUCUAUGCUGAGAGGAAAGUGGGCAUUCAAAAAGAGAGCCAAGAAGAACGUGAAGAUCGAGGUAAAAGUAGUCAUCCGUGACAUGAAGAUCACUCUGGGAGUGAAGAAGGAAGCACUCAUUCGGUUGGUGAUUGAAGACCUUGAGUGCAAUUCUAUCUUUGCGAACGGGUCGUUAAGGCUCCUGCUCCAUGUGAACAAUUUCCAAGUUGCUGACCUCAAGGCUGUAUCAAGGUUAGUAAAGUUCGUCUAUGCAGUUUCCAUGUAGCAGGGGUGCAGGCCCGGGGGCUCGUGCAGGUUGCCCAGCCCUCUGCAUUCGGUAUACCCCGGGCAUGU